CAAAAAUUCGCUACACAACCUUUUGUUUCCUUCUCUCCGCCCACAACUGUCAUCAUGGUCAACCCCGCUGUGAAAAACGUCGGCCGCUGGUCAGCACUCGCUUUUGGUCUCGUUUACGGUUACACGCACAAUGCCUCUUUGAAGAAGCAGGCCGAAGAGAAGCAGAAACAGGCUGAAUACCGUCAUAAGGAAGAACUUAUCGAAAAGGCAAGACUUGCCUAUGCAAAGAAGCAGGCUGGUCCCCAGGAACCUUCGGCUCCUACCCCGGCCACCGCAGUGGAUUUCGAGAACCCCGAUUUCGACUUUGACGCAUACAUUAAGCAAUUAGAAGCUGAAGGAAAAAUCUAAAGGAAUAUAUAAAACACGUAGAGUGCGACCAGCGUCCAUUGCAAAAAAGGAAUAUAUUUAUGUGCAUUUUUUCAGCUUGAAAGUUUUUGACGUGA